AUGCCUCUGCCGACCAAGGUCGAGGCGAUCCGCUCCGCGCUUUCGCUCCCGGCAGGCGCGCGCGUCGCGCUCCUCGCCACGAUUCAAGACGCCAACGCGCAGCUCGGCUUGUCGCAAGAGGGAGGGCUAGUCGCCCAAGCUGACCGGCUGCUGCAAGUGCUCUCCGACCGGCUGGUCUAG